AGCACACACAAACAUCACACUGGUUCGUUCGGCCGCUGCACCGCUUUCGUUGCGACCGUCGUGCAUUAUAAUAAUAAUAAUAAUAAUAUAUUGUAAAAUAAUAUCUUGUUAAAAUUUUCGACGAUUUAGUAGUUAAGUGUUUUCGAGUCUCAUCGUUCGUCGCCAGUUUGUUUUUCUUCCUAUCUCGUCGACAUAAAUCAUUAAGACGCGUUAUUUACGCCACGUGCAGCGAUACACACGCAAUAUAAUUAUAAUUGUUAUUUGGUCUAUAUACCGUUCGUUUUUAUUGAAUUCGUGGCGAAAAAGCAUAGCGGAUACGACGGACAAAUAAUUACACGGCUUAUAUAUAUUUCCCAUGGUACCCAUAAUCGUCAUCUUGGCCGUCGUGCUUAGUCGCCAGCAACAUAACCAACAGCGAUGAGCACGGGUAUCUGCCGAUGUCCACCGAAUGGAUGACGUCGUCUUGGAUGCAGAUGCGGAAUUCGGUUUUUUGGGUAUAAUGAAGCAAAGAUGACUUGACGCCAGAAAACGUCUACAGAAGACGCCGAUCUGUUGCAGUCCGCACAAUUGGACCCGGCCGCCGUUCCCACUGGGGAGGAGACGGUAUGGCCGGGGGUUGAGUGGGCGUCAGUGAGAAGUUCGAUGGAUUGGUGCGCAGGUGGCGAAGAUCUGCUGGGCGACCCUACGCUGCUGGUGGCUGCGGGGAUGCUGCACGGGCCGACGCAAUUCUGCACAGACACUUGCUGUACGCCCGGACUGGAGCAGCCCAACGAACAAACAGUUCAGUUUCAGCAGCCGGCAAUCGUUACAGUCGGUGGUUCAUACAGCAAACCGUGCGGAGACAUGGCCGACGUAUUAAUGUCUCUCAAACACACCGUGCCAACUCCACAAUCCUCAGUAGACGAACAGCAUCAACAGCAUGACCAGACGUAUGGACUGUCUGCCAAUCAUAACGAAGAUUCACAAUCGAUGGUCGACUAUGGCGGUUCGUCAUAUGGCGAUCAGACAUGCUGGACCACGCUCGGAGGCAGCCACCAACAGCAACAGGUCCAACAACACCAAUUCCCCAGCAUGAGUGUGAACGUCAGCAUGAACAUGACUAUGCACGGAUACGCUCCGAUACACGGGGACGCUCAGUUCGGAUGUCAACCGGUCGGGUGGACUCUGCCAACGUCACCAUCGCCAGUACAUCAUCACCACCACCACCAUCACGGCCCCGUGCACCACCAUCAAGGCAUGUUGAGUCCAUUGGUGUCCAUGGGUACUGGCGGUUACCAGUCGGGUGCCACGUACUCGUUCACCGCCGAUUUCCGGCCACAGGACCCGAUAUCGUCACAACUACCGCCGCCACCGUUCGCGUGCAACAUACAACCAGGCGCGCCGGCGCAGUCGUCGUCAUCGUCUACGGCGAUGAUCGACGACGAUUGCAAGGAUCUGAAACCGUGCACCGAAAUCCUGAUGUCGGUCAGCGGUUGCGGCAUGGCCGGCGCCGAGUGCUCUCCCGUCGGAUCGGCGACCAUCGGCGAGGAUGGCUGUCGACCGAACAUGUGCCGAAUAUGCGGCAAAACGUACGCUCGUCCCAGUACGCUCAAGACUCACUUGCGCACGCAUUCGGGCGAAAAACCGUACCGCUGCGACGACUGCAACAAGUCGUUCAGUCAGGCGGCCAACCUGACGGCGCACGUGCGCACCCAUUCCGGCGAAAAGCCGUUUCGGUGCCAGAUAUGCGACCGACGGUUCUCGCAGUCGUCGUCUGUCACGACCCACAUGCGCACCCACUCGGGCGAGCGGCCGUAUCGGUGUCGGCUGUGCAAGAAAGCGUUCAGCGACUCGUCCACGCUCACCAAACACCUGCGGAUACACUCGGGCGAAAAACCGUACCAGUGCAAGCUUUGCCUACUCCGAUUCUCCCAAUCCGGAAACUUGAACAGGCACAUGCGCGUCCACAGCGGCAUGAAUGGCGCCGACAUCUUGUUGCCGGUAUAACGGUGGCGGUACCCAGCACCGCCGCCGCUACCAAAGUCGUCACCAUCUCAGAACCGUACUGCUCGCCCGCCGGCACGUCUUCGGUAAAGACUCAACCCCCCCCCCACCUUCCCCACCGAAAUAGCUAAAAACGAAAACGGACUUUGCCGACAACGAUGUCCGUAUUGGACGUGGAAACGAAGCACGAUCAGCAGCGAGCUUCCACUCAGAGGGGUCUGUUCGAUUCGUUCUGUCCUUUGUCCAUCGCCUGUCAUCGGUUAAACGCCUCCGUAAAAGAAGUUUUUUCCGCACAUAACGCGAGUACCGCCACUGAAGCUAUGUAUACACAAUAAUAGAAUAUCAUCACGCACACAUGUCAUCGUCGUGUACAUCGUUUGAACUUGUGCGCCGAAUCGACGUUUUCAUCAAUCGCCCCCGCCCCGAUAUUACCGCGCUUUUUCGGUUCGAAUGGCUCACGUGUAAGUAUAUAUUUUAUGCCAUUUUUCAAAAACGGAUAACAAUCGUACACGACGGAAACGGAUCUCCGCGGGUACGAAAUAGGUACGUCAUAAUAGCGGCUAAACCGACGAGCAAAUAACGUAUAGGUAUACAAAGUUUGUUUUCGACUGUGCGUUAAAAACAAUAUAUUAAUACAUAUAAACACUAAAAAUAUUUCCGUUAUGUUUUAUUGUUACUCGCGAAUUCGUAUCGUCAUUAUGCCUAGUUCGAUUUAUUGUAUUUUAGAAAUUUUCGCGUUUCUCCCGUCGACCGACGACCUAUGUGCAGCAUUGCAGUUUUUUUUUUUUUUUAUUUAUUUAUAUUUAAGUAUAGUUAAUCGUUCUUUCUGGACGAUAACUGAUUUUUAGCACAACAUAUUAAUAUACUGUAUAGGCGACAUGAAUCACCUCGCACUUACAUAGACGCGUGCACCAUUAAAAUGAACUGAAAUGAAAAGUCGUGUGUACACUUCACAGAGCAUACGCAUAUAAAUAUAAUAUAGAUGUAAUGUGAAUUAAAUCAUCUCAUUUGUUUAUUUAGAAUUUACAUAUAAUUCAGGUAACGCAUCCAUAACAAUAAAUUGAGCCGUUUACAAUUUCGUUAAAUCAAUUUCUCAGACUAAAAUUUAAUCCGCUCCUAUUUUGAGGUAUUUAUUUAAAUUUACUAAAUUUCAAGUUUUGGAAUAAUUUUUUAACAGUAUACCUAUAUUCAAAACUCAA